CCCGGUCAGUGCUCCGUGUUCUCGCCCGGUACCAAACCAUUUGACCCAAUCCCCAGGUCGUCUUGGCGUAAAAAGGCCAAAGGUUUUUGGAACCUAUUUUUGGAUCUUAAUUUAGAGUUUGGUUCUUGCCAAUCCUGGCACCCGGAUUCACGGGCUGCAAUCUGGGUAAAUUGGAAAGCUCCGCACCCAGACUUCUCGACGACCUGAGAAACCGCCCGAUGGCAUGGGUGGCGGCGAGAGAGGAAGUAUCGCCAUCCAUCUGGAUCGUGACCCUCGCCCCCGAGGUCUAGGCUAAGUGAGCUAAGUAAGGUAAGUUGGAGAUAUAAAGAAGGCGUUACGACCCGCCAAAGAUGGUGUUCGUCAUAAUACAUACCUCCAGCAUCCACAUCCAAACCCAUACAAUCUCACAACCUUGACGUUGCACACAGCCUUCGCCUUCACCAACCCCCCCAGUUCAACAACACCAAACCAACCACCAUCACCACCACCACAAUGGGCCUCCUCUCCAACAUCCUCCUCCUCACAGCAGCCUCGGCCGCCGUGGCUGAGACCGCCGCCCCCGCCACGCCCAAGAUCACCAGCAUCACCUUCUCCGGGAACGGGUGCGCCCGGGACCCCAAGUUCUCGGGGAGCUUCAACGACCCGACCGUGACCUUCAACAACUUCGCCGCCUCGCUCCCGGGCUCCCAGACACUCAACUGCCAGGUGCACCUCCAGGCCAACGGCGCGAGCCCCGGGUGGCAGGUCGCCCUCAAGACCAACGUCGUCAAGGGCCGCGUCCUCCUCAGCCCGGGCACCACCCUCACCCACUACACGACCGUCUUCUUCAGCCAGGACGCCGGGCGCUCCGACACCAUCUCGGGCACGGUCUCCAACAGCGGCGGCGACACGGUCAACCACGGCGUGACCCUCGUGGCCAACGCCGACGGCGGCAAGGUGUGGUCCCCUUGCACCGGCAGCGACGGCUACACGGGCAUCAUGAACAUCAACUUCCGCGGCGCGCUGGCGGGCGACGGCAAGGCGCACUUCGUGGCCGACACGGAGCAGUGGGAUCUCGAGUGGAGGCGGUGCUGA